UUUCUAACCUUAAAAACGGACGUUUGGUGUGGUUUGGUGUCGUUGUUGUUGAUCGUAAGGAGGACUUUGUUUUGUCGCUCUCUUUAUUAAUGUUUAAACUUUUUUUCAAAUAGAAAAUUGUAAAUGUGAAUAAUUAUUAAUCUUAUUGAAAUAAUUUAAUAAUCUCAUUAUAACUUCUGUAGUACUGUAAUUGCAAUGGCAAGCAGUUGCAAUAAUGAUGAAGGAAAACUGGAGUGGAUGUACAAAAAAGCGCAGGUGGACAAGGAGGAAUAUCUACUCGGCAGAGCCGUCGAUAAAGCAUUUGAACAAGGAGGCAGUGAAUCAGCUAGUGCACCUACAGCAAAGACAGAACGUGAUCGUAUUCCAGCGCCAUUGUUGUCAAGCAGUGCGAGUGCAGUGCCUGUCGAUUUGGCGCGAAAAAUGCACGAAGACCCUCUCUAUGCGAUCAAGAUGAAAGAGAUAGAACGACGCGAGCAGUUGCUCAAGAAUCCUGUCAAAUUGAAGAAGCUACGCGACAUGGUCUGGUUAUGUCUUAUUAUUCCUCUUCAAUUUUUGCCCAAUGUUUGAAUAAACAGAAGAGUAAAAUCGAAAAGAAACAGAAGAAGAAGAAGAAAAAGAAGAAGGACUUGGGAGAAUCGGAUGAUGAAGAUGACAUUGAAAAACUAAUUUUGAAAAAGUAUAAAAAAAUGAAGAAAAAAUACAACUUGGACGAGUUAUCAAAACUGGAAAAUGAAGAUGGAAGCAGUUCUGAGAUGAGUGAUGAAGAAAGUGAUAAUUCUGAGAAUAAUACAAGGUGUAAGAGAGGAGGUGAUAGGAAUGAAGAAAGGAGUAAACAAGAAAGUUGGAGGAGAAACAGAGGUGAUGAAUUUAGAGAUAGAAGAACAUCGAAAAAGGAUAGAUUGGAGAGAAAUGAUGGUGGAGGAAGAAGACAUGAUCGAAGUGAGAAACGAGGAGAUAAAAAUUACUCUGAUAACAGUGAAGAUGAGCGAAAAGAACGUAUGAAGAAGAAACGUGUGGAGGAGAAAACAUAUAGAAAUCGGCAAGAUUGGGGAGAAUCAUCAGAAUUUGAUGAAGCUAGUGAUGAUGAAAUGCGUAGGAAGAGAAAAAAAGGAUGGAAACAAAUUCAGGAUAAGAAAGAAAGAGAUAAACAUAAUUCAAAAGAAUCAUCGGAUGAGUAUGAAAAGAGUAGGAGUAGAAGGAAAGAAGAUGAAAGUAGUGAUCGAAAGUCUAGAAAAUCGAAAAAGUAUGAGGAUAGUUCUAGUGAUGUACCUGACGAAAAUUCUAAAAAAUCUAGGAAACAUGGAUCUAGUGAUGAAAGUGACGCCCCAAAGAGAUCGAAAAAACUUGCGGAGAAAGACUCGGAUAAACGGAGGAAGAAGGAUGGAAGCAGUGAUGAAUCCCCAAAGCGGAAAGGAGCGAAGAAGCGAGAGGAAUCCAGCUCCAGUGAGUCCUCAGAUGACUACGACUCUGAUGGACAGGUCAUACCAAAACGCAAGUUUGGAUUGGUGCUUCCAAAGGGUAAAACCAACGAUGAAAAACCAAGGAAAUUUAUCGAAGAGAAAGUAGAUACAAACAAAGAGAAAGAUAAACCAAAACCCUAUCAAAGACCGAAACCAACAAAACUCAGCGAGAAGGAGAAGGAAGAAAGGAGAAAAGAGAUGAUGAAGAAUGCUGAAUGGAGAGACGAUUUACGUAAGAAAAAUAUCAAGAGCUAUCGAGAAAAAGAAGAUCAGGAGAAAGAGAAACAAAAAGAAUACUCCAAUGAUUUCUACCGAAACGAAUUAUCAAAAGCAGCGUCGAACGCUUCAGUUGAAGGAAGAAUCAAAUCAAAUAUCAACCGAAUCCAGCGGAAUGCUUCAGCUAUGGAUAGUCAUUUUUCUAAAAGAUAGUUGUAACGUGUAAGUCUAGUUACACAUCGAUUUUUAGACUACGAUUUUUUGCCGUACUUAUAAGAACGUAGAAGUUUGGCGACAGCUUGAUUAGGCAGCAGAAGAUUGAGUAGAGAAUAUACCUUAGGAUACGCACAGA